GAGGAAGGACCGACAGGAUCCCAGGUCUCCUUCGUAGCGUUCUGGAGCUGGAAUGAAUGGCUCCCGGGAAGAUUUUCCACAGUGAAAUAACAUCUGCCGCUAUCUGGGUCAUAUGCUACCACCACAAGUUCAACAAAGUUAUCUCUGAGGGGCAGGGCCAAAUCUCUGGGCCUAGCCUACAUAUCCCUUCAAAUGAAAUGCUACCUUUUGUCAAUAUGUGGGUUUCAGUCACGUGAUUAUGAUGACGUGCGAAAGGGGCGUAAUUUCAAAUGGAGGUCAGGAAGUAAAAAUGGCGAUUACGCCUAUGGAGGAAACCGUUACAUAGAGUCCGUAUUGUAAGGAUUUAGAGCCCGUUUCUAGACAAAGAUACAAACAAUUAAUUAGUAAAUAUGUUUGCCGUGAUCCGUAUCUUAUAAAGAAGAGUGAGUUUUCGGUAGAACCUAAGGAUUUGCCGACAAUCGAGGCUGUGGACAUCACUAACUAUCUGGUCCUUCAGACAUCGUUCUAUACAGUACAGCAGAUAAAAGCCUAUAAAAGUAUGAAGGCAUACAAUUUUGUUGUUUUUGGAUUGUCUGUGCCAUUAAAAGUAUCAUUUAGGAUCGUUCACUACUUUAACGGCACCGACAAUCCGAAAACCUUUUUGGUUUUUGGAUUUUUGUUAUGUACGAUCAAAAACAUUUUAUGUACGAUCAAAAAACCCGGCCCCAUUAUUUCCCAUAGACCUUUGACCGAGGAAACAGGGACUUAUUCUUCAGAGGUCUAUUGUUAUGAGUGUGUCUUCGUGAGUUCUGCCUGUUUUGAAGAUUGGAAGAUGUUUAUUGAAAAGAUUAAAUAACAUUGAGAAAACAGAUUAAUACAUGGUGGUUUAUUCACAAGAUUACUUCUUUUUUUUUUUUAAGUAUAGUAUUUAAAUAUUUUUCCUCCUCUCCCCCUCCUUACUCCAAUGGGACGACAGUUCCCGAAAGAUUAGACAAGACACAACAAAUUACCCCAAUCAAUUCAAAUUGUCAAUCAAUGCUCCUCGCCUAAUAGUGCCUCGCCUGGUUUUGUUGCCAGGUUCUAUAUGGCCAUAGCCCUGCUUUGCAGAAUCUGAUAUUUUCUUGACUAAUCCUAUGACUCUCUAGCCUGGCGAUGUCAUACUCAUAAUUCUAGUCAGAAUAUGAGUGUGAGACCGAACCAUUGGGCUGUGAUUAUAGGGCGGAACCAGGAAGGAAAAUGCCUCUUUGCUCAAUUGGAUAGACCUAAAACCAAUCAGAGCAACGUAGUAUGUGACGUAUGUUGUGCGACGCACAGCUAUUCUCAAGAAAAGAAGAAAUUCAUCCAGAUGGACAUAAACGAUUUAUGCCGGUUUUGCAAAAAAAAAUUAAGGAUACACGGACAAAUUGGCAACACGGUCAUCAUUUUUGAGACAAAAAGUAAAAGUACAUGCACGUACGAACAAGUACUCCGUUUAGGCUUUCAACUCCAAAACACAUCAAACAAAUCGUAUCGCAUGUGUCGGCCAUGUACAAACUUAAUAACACGUUUGGAACGCGACAUGUCCGUGUUUAAGAAGUGGACAGACGACGAAGGAGCCCAGGCUGAAGAAGCGUGUUCAUCUGAGGCACCAGAGAAAAGAGACCGGGAGCCAACUCCCUCCAAGACGCCCAGGGCUCUGAAGAAGUUCUGCCCCAAUCCGUUAACACCAACCAUUACAAAAACGCGAAAAAGCCUUACAGAGGUAAGCUUGUUGUUGAUACAUUUCUACUUCUUAUGAUAUGACUAUGGCUAUAACCUCGAUUGCCAAGUUUUUCAUGUGUGUAAAGUGAGUCGUGUUUAUUGUCCAAUGUGAUAAACACGUAUGCAAUCCCACACUCCUCAUUUCAGUGUAAUUUACCUAUGAUUAAAAUGUAGUGUGAAUUUGAGUCAGGCCAGGUGUAGUAUUAGCAAAUGUUACCAGGAUGAACUUGCACCCGAUGAUGUGUGUGUGGUCUCUUUCACUUUAUCAAGAUGUGAGAACUUCAUUUUGUAAUGGAUAUAAUUGUAUAGUGGUCAAAAGUGUGUCCCAACCCCCACUUCUGUGCUCUGCACCUCUGUGGGGGUUGGGCAGUAUUCCACUGACCUUGCUCUGCAAUUGCAUCUGGGGUCACCAUAUUUAACAGUCUGUAUAUUCCUAUUUAUUGCCAAUGCACAUUAUACUUAAUAGGCUAUACUGUAAUUAUCCACACUGAUACAUUAUCUUAUAUUUCAGGUUGUCACCCAUUACCCUUCACAGACUGUUGCCAAGGUAUGUUGUCCAGAAGAAGCCUCAAUAGUGAACAGCAUUAAUAAGAAGAAAUGGACAACAGCUGCAAAGUUAAUGUUGAAACAUAAACACCUAGCUGAGGAAAUCAAGGUGCACAUCCUGGAGCUAAUAACCAACGAAUGCAAACGCAUUUCUAAUCCGACCAACGGUUUCAUCCUGUGGAAGUCAUCUCCAGAUGAUCUGAAAGCCUUUUCAUUUACAAGCUUAGAGACAGACCUUAAAGGUUUUUCACCAUUCCUCUUCUCAGUUCUAACAACUGUCAGCAACCACUCUCAAGCUGCAACUUGUGCAGCAGCUUCCAUUGCCUUGAGAGGGAGACAACCACGCCUGUCAGCCUUUGCAUACUACCUAGGUAGUAUUUUGCAUUAUGGCGGGGCAAAAAAAGCUGUGUUUGAAAGGCUGAACAAAAUGGCAAUAACAACUACUCACCACAAUUCUAUAGAGAAGCAGAAGGAGUUGGCGCUCCUAUGUGGGGGCUCUCUAAAAAUGUUAAAGGUACAGAAUGAAGAUUUUCUGAACUCUGAAGCGGAAGGGAACUUUGUUGGUCAGAGAGUGGACACCAGCGAAGACCAAAGAACAAGUGAUCCGAAGGGGCCACUAAACCCAGUUGGUGAACACAUGGAUGAGCUUCUCAUGUCAGGAGAUGAAAUGGCUCAAAGCGUACUGCCUUUCAGCAGUUUAAGUAACUCUGAAGCAGCAGAGCUGGGCUUGAGCUCCUCCACUUUUCCAAUCACACACCCCACUCCUCCACCAACAUAUUCUAUUAUAUUUGACAAUUUGGACUUUUUCAUGCGUGUACAUCAUCAGUCCAGCCACCACAACAACAAAUCCAUACACUGGAUUCACCAUAUUGCAGUCAAAGAUAGGAUCUGUUCUGUCAGUUGUAGCGUGCUGCGGGUGCUGGACUGGAUGCCUGGACUCUCCUCAUGGAUAACCGGCCAGAACCCCAUCACCAUUUUAAUAUGAUGUACAUGUAUUUACCUGUAUGCCAAUUGUGGCACCCAUUGCACUCCUGACCAUCCCUGGAAGAAGGGAUCCCCUACACUGCGUUUCUUCUCAAGAUUUCUUCCUUGCUGAUUCAAGGGAGUUUUUUCUUGCCCGUGUGGGGGCAUGGGUAAAGGGGGGUGUCACAAAUAUUUGGCCUGUUAAGCCCUUUGAGACUGUAAUGGUGAUUAAGGGCUAUACAAAUAAAAUUGAAUUGAAUUGAUCCAAACAUAUCACCUUGACAAUGCCAAACCAGACCAUGACAUCCGUCAAUACUACCGUGGCAACUCACUCCCCGGACUAGAAACCCAGGAUUACAUGCGGCGUGAGUUUAUUGUUCUUGGGAGCCGUAUCCUUACGCAGUACCUGGCUGUUUUUAAACCAUUCAAGCCAUUAGUGGUUCACCACAUACCACAUCAGUAUACAGAUGACAUGGCUAUGCGCUCCACAGAUGUAAGUUAUGAGUUAAAUCUGCAAAAAAAACAAAACUAAAUACACAUACUUUGAACUCAAACAUUACUGCAAUGUCAUCUUUUUUCUUUAUUCUCAAAGUACCCUCUGGGACUACUCUUCAAAAAUGAAAACAAAACGUCUGAUUUGGUGGACACACUUCGCCACCUUCAGAAAGAGUAAGUAUAUAAUCAGGCUCCACUGUCAGUCUUCGGCAGAAGAAGGGCUUUAAUAAAAUGUAUAAUUCCACCAUUUGUGUGUUAUCCAUUUAGGUAUGUGCCCAAGGGACCGGACGGGUUGUCAAGUGUUUAAGUAGGAGGUGACCGGCUGACUGAGGGGAACUGCAGAAACAUACAGUGGGCCUUCUCAGAUGGUGCUACAAAGGAAGACCGACUGGAAGGUCGGUUUGAGGACUGGCAUGCCAUCAGAAACCUCUUUGAAGUGAGUAAGAAACUAUAGAAAAAUGUUGAUUAGUAACAAAAUCACACCACUACUUUAGAUUUUUUUUUUUAGAUAACUUCAAGUGCUUGUGUGUAAAGUUGUGUUAAUCCUUUGCUAAUCACAAGUCUUCGAUGUUGAUAAAGAUCUAUCAUCGGAUUUUCUAUGAUGGUGCAUCCUCAAAAGACCAUGGCACACUUCUUGCCAACAUGACGAGGUUGAGGUACAACGUCUGCUAUCUGCAACACCAUGAUUACAUACUGUACAAUUAUUAGUUUUUAAGCUUUUAUUUGCAUUCUAAACAAAGCUGUUGUUAAUUACAAUGAUUAUAAUAACAUUUUGUUGACCAUGCUUUCCACAGU